AUGUCACCGGUUAUCGAUCUUUCUCUUCUUAAGGGCACCCCUGAGGAAAAGGCUGCUACCUCCGCAGCCCUCUUGCAAACCCUCAAGACCCGGGGAGUGGCCCAACUGAAGAAUCAUGGUCUCCCGGAGAAGCUCAUCUCGGACAUGUUUGACUACACGCGUCGGUUCUUCUCGCUUUCACUAGAAGACAAGAUGACGGCCAAGCACCCUCCCCAAGCCAACCCCAACCGCGGGUACAGCUUUGUGGGACAAGAAUCAAUAUCCUCGAUCAGUGGCUAUGAAAAGGGGCUUCCUCAGGGACAGUCAGUUCGUGACAUCAAGGAAACCCUUGACAUCGGCGCGGCAAACGACGAGCUUGUGGAUAAUAUUUGGAUUGCUGACGAAAAGCUCCCUGGAUUUCGAAAGUUUAUGGAAGAUUUCUACACAAGCUGCUUCAAGGUGGAGCUAGAGAUCCUCGAUGCUCUGGCCCAAGCCCUUGAUAUUUCCUCAUCCGAUCUCAGAGCUCUGCACAGCAAGGCCGAGAACGAGUUCCGUCUCUUGCAUUACCCCACCAUUCCUGCAUCAGAGCUAGCCGAUGGAACGGCAACCCGGAUUGCCGAGCACACCGACUUUGGCACCAUCACGAUGCUGUUCCAGGACUCUACGGGUGGUCUACAAGUCGAAGAUCAGCAGAACCCCGGUGUUUUCCGAGGUGUAGAGUCUGGAGGCAAAUCGGAGAUUAUCUUGAACAUCGGCGAUUCCUUGCAGCGCCUGACUAACGAUACUUUCCGUGCCGCGUGCCACCGAGUGACCUACCCGCCGACUGUAAAGGUGGGAUCGGACGAGCUGAUUCCCGAGCGUUACUCCAUCGCAUACUUUGCAAAGCCAAAUCGCAUUGCAUCACUCUUCCCUUUGAAGAAGUUCAUCACCCCGUCAACGCCAUGCAAGUACGAGGACAUCACAGCUUGGGACUACAACAAUCUGCGAAUCGCGAAGCUAUUCUCCUAA